GCCCCGUGACGGUCCCGGACGUCAGCGGGGCGGGGCGGCGGCGGCGCCGAGCGGUGCGGAGCGGUGCGGAGCGGUGCGGAGCGGGCGCUGCACGGGAGCUAGGAUGCCCCCCCCGCUGCCCGGCUCCAUCGACAUCCGGGAGCCCCGCUGGGACCAGAGCACCUUCCAGGGCCGCGCCAGGCACUUCUUCACCGUCACCGACCCCCGCAACCUGCUGCUGUCGGGGGACAAACUGGAGGAGGCUCGCCGCCUGGUGCACGACUACCGGGCUGGCACCGUGCCCCCGGGGCUGACCGAGGAGCAGCUGUGGCGGGCCAAGUACAUCUACGACUCGGCCUUCCACCCCGACACGGGCGAGAAGAUGCUCCUCAUCGGGCGCAUGUCGGCCCAGGUGCCCAUGAACAUGACCAUCACCGGCUGCAUGCUGACCUUCUACAGGACCACGCCGGCCGUGGUUUUCUGGCAGUGGGUGAAUCAGUCCUUCAACGCCAUCGUCAACUACACCAACCGCAGCGGGGACGCCCCCAUCACCCCCAGCCAGCUGGGGACAGCCUACGUGAGCGCGACCACCGGGGCGGUGGUCACGGCGCUGGGGCUCAAGUCUCUCACCAAGCACCUGCCAGCCAUCAUCGGCCGCUACGUGCCUUUCGCGGCCGUGGCCGCUGCCAACUGCAUCAACAUCCCGCUGAUGAGGCAGAGGGAGCUGAAGCUGGGCAUCCCCAUCACGGACGAGAACGGGAACCGCCUGGGCGAGUCCGUGGCCGCAGCGCAGAAGGCCAUCUUGCAGGUGGUGGUGUCCCGCAUCGGCAUGGCGGCCCCGGCCAUGGCUAUCCCUCCAGUGAUCAUGAACGCCCUGGAGAAGAGAGCCUUCCUGAAGCGGUACCCCUACCUCAACGCUCCCCUGCAGGUCGGCCUGGUGGGACUCUGCUUGGUGUUCGCCACCCCGCUGUGCUGUGCGCUCUUCCCGCAGAAGAGCUCGAUGCAGGUGAGUCGCCUGGAGCCCCAACUCCAAGCUGGGAUCCGGGAGAGGGACCCGCAGCUGCAGACCGUCUACUUCAACAAGGGGCUGUGAGCUGUGAGCGGGGCUCCCUGCGGGGCUGCUGCAUCGCUGAGCUUUACCCACGGAGCCCCCCGGGGACACCGCUGCUGUCCCUUGGCUGUCACCUGUCCUUAUGUCCCGGUGCUCGCCCCCCCGGGGCGUAGCUGAGCCCCCGAACA